AAGGCCCGUUUGUGUGCUAUGUACUUUCACGUUGUACAAUUUUAAACUCAGGACUUUUACUUGUACUGUUUGUAAUGUAAUGUAGGGGACCUGAAUACUUGUUCAACCAUUGUUCAGCCUGAGAAAUAGAAGGGUAAACUCAGCUAUUCUUGCCAUAUUAAGCAGCACUAUUAUUUUCUCUGAACAUCAACCAUCAUGUGUAGUCUACCAGUGGCUCUCUGCUGGCUCUGUGCUCUCACAUCUUCUGCUCAUCCAUAUUUCAUGUGCGCUGUCAUUACAUGGCGCCUCUAUCUAACAGCACACCCUAAGGACGACCAACAGUGCCUCGGAGUGAGUGUGUGUGUGUGUGUGUGUUUUGUUUUUUUGUGUGUUCAUUGAUAGGAAGCUGCGUGCAGACGUCAAGACGCAGCGCCGAAAGAGUUAAUCGGAUGUCGGAAGACGGCGCCGAGCUGCCAUGGAUCCACUUCGGGAGCGAUGCGGCGCCUCCUCACGCAGCUGAGCGGGAGCAUCGCGCGGAGGAUCGCGGGGAGUCUCCGGCUGACCGAACGGACUCCGGUCGAAUACUUGUUGAUCCUCGAGCCCGAGAAACCGGUGCGAGAUGCGGAGCGGCAGAUGAAUCCCUCUGCCAUGUCGGAGGCAGAAGAGGGGGAAGCGGAUCGGGUUAAAACAUGGCAAUAGCAAACCAACAACGUCGCCCCUUCUGUUUUCUUUUUUGACAUUUUUAUUUUUUUUGAACGCUUCCUCUCCGCUUGCGCACGGAGCAAUGCGCGCUGGUUCGAUUCCGUGGAGGAUGACAACUCAAUACGGUAAAAUUAUGAAAGAAAACAGAAACAGCCGUAGUCCACAGCCCUGGAUGUUUGCCUGAUUCCUCAACCUAAAGUCAUCAUGGAGAAACCCUUGGUCGAGUUGAAUAAAGCUGGCUCACAGUCAACGUCAUCGCUGCCCCCUGAACCGGUGGAGAUCAUUCGCAGCAAGUCGUGUUUCCGCAGAGUCAGGCUGAACGUUGGGGGUCUCCCGCAUGAGGUUCUGUGGCGAACAUUAGAUAGGCUGCCACGGACACGUCUGGGAAAGUUAAGAGACUGCAACGCCCACGAAUCUCUGAUGGAGGUGUGCGAUGACUACAACCUCGAGGAGAACGAGUACUUUUUCGAUCGACAUCCAGGGGCGUUCACCUCAAUCUUGAACUUCUACCGUACUGGUAAGCUGCACAUGAUGGAAGAAAUGUGUGCCCUGUCCUUCAGUCAGGAACUCGACUACUGGGGCAUUGAUGAGAUCUACCUGGAGUCGUGUUGCCAGGCGAGGUACCAUCAGAAGAAGGAGCAAAUGAAUGAGGAGCUCAAACGAGAGGCCGACAAUAUGAAGGACAGAGAUGGAGAAGAGUUUGACAACACGUGCUGUGCCGAGAAACGGAAGAAGCUUUGGGACCUUCUGGAAAAGCCGAGCUCAUCUGUCGCGGCAAAGAUCCUGGCCAUUAUCUCCAUCCUUUUCAUCGUUCUAUCCACCAUUGCCUUGUCUCUGAACACCCUUCCGGAGCUGCAGGACACGGAUGAGUUCGGCCAGUCUUCAGACAACCCACAACUGGCCCACGUGGAAGCUGUGUGCAUUGCCUGGUUCACCAUGGAGUACCUACUUCGCUUCCUCUCCUCUCCCAACAAGUGGAAGUUCUUUAAGGGUCCUCUGAAUGUCAUUGACCUGCUGGCCAUCUUGCCAUACUACGUCACCAUCUUCUUGACAGAAUCCAACAAGAGUGUACUACAAUUUCAGAAUGUCCGCCGCGUGGUUCAGAUUUUUCGAAUCAUGCGUAUCCUACGUAUUUUAAAGCUGGCUCGUCACUCGACAGGUCUUCAGUCUCUGGGCUUCACUCUUAAGAGGAGUUACAAUGAGCUGGGCCUGCUAAUUCUCUUCCUGGCCAUGGGCAUCAUGAUCUUCUCCAGUCUUGUGUUCUUUGCAGAGAAGGAUGAGGAGGACACAAAGUUUAAAAGCAUUCCCGCAUCUUUCUGGUGGGCCACUAUUACUAUGACCACAGUAGGCUACGGAGAUAUUUACCCCAAAACUCUACUGGGAAAGAUAGUGGGGGGUUUAUGCUGCAUAGCUGGAGUGCUUGUGAUUGCCCUACCAAUUCCUAUUAUUGUGAAUAACUUCUCUGAAUUCUACAAGGAGCAAAAGAGGCAGGAAAAAGCACUUAAACGAAGAGAGGCCCUAGAGAGGGCAAAGAGAAAUGGUUCCAUUGUCUCAAUGAACUUGAAAGAAGCAUUUGCUCGUAGUGCAGAACUGAUGGAUGUGGUGGUAGAGAAGAGUGAGAGGCCACACGACAACAAUCUCUCUCCAAACCGUUGGAAAUGGACCCCAAAAAGAGCUGCAUCAGAGACAAGCUCAAACCGUUCCUUCAACGCCCAGGAGCAAGGCUCUCCCAACAAGGCCCAAGCCACCAGUCCCCAAAGGCUGAAUGUUCAGAAGCUCGAGGAGAUGUACAACCAGAUGGCCAAGACACAAUCCCAGCCAAACCUCAAUGCAAAAGAGAGGGGCUCCAGAAUUGGAAAACAAAGGGAUGAGAUAGAGCUGGGGGCUAUCCAAGAUCACGGGCAACCGGUGAUGGGAGUCAGAGAAGGAGUGGGGGACAUGAAAAGCUUGUCCAGCAUUGACAGCUACAUCAGUUGCGCUACAGACUUCCAAGAGAAUCCACGAUACCCCCACAGUCCUGCAAUGGAACUUGGUCUUCAGGAAAGCAACCGGUACCCCUACAGUCCGGCUGCAGCUUUCUCUCAGCACAGCAGCACAAAAUCAGGCCAAAAAAACAUCGGGGAUCGUGAACCCAUCCUGACCCCUGUGUCCAUCAUAAAGCCCUCGUGCACGGAGAGCACACGGAGGUUCUUCUUUUCUGGCAACUCUUCAAAAAGUCUUAAGCCCAAAGGGGGCUGCCACAGCGACGGGGGAUCAGGCCCGUCCCCUCUCUCGGACAGCUCAGUCAUGUCGGACAACUCCCUACUGAGCCCCGAGGUCUCUGUCUACACCACUGCCAGCAGCAGGACUCCACCCAAGUCCCCGGAGAGCACCACCCUGGCCGCAACAGUCUUCACCUUUCACGACUCCUCCAUCAGCAAAUACAUCGACGCUGAUACAGAUGAUGACGAGCACCUUCGCGACAUCUCUGAUAUCAGUCCCUCAGAGUCUCUUUUGGCUGGUUCAAGCCCAAAGCGAGGCAUCAAUUAUCAGAAAGGCUGCAACCAUUUGGAAGCAGCCCAAAAAAUGCUAGGCCAUAACUGUCUGUUCCCCAUUGAAGGGAUUCGCGGGGGGGCUCACGAGAAUCACGUAGUACCUGAGAUGGCACGAAGACCAAAGGUUGAGAGGGGGCGUCAAAAUACUUCAGAUAAAAGCCUCUGAAGUACAAGUGCAGCAGAAAUGAACAGAAUAAUGGGGCCUGGGUGUUUGGGAUGGAGACAACAGACAAUCUUAAAAAGACGCUAUAAGACAGAGAAAAGGGGAGUGGAAGAGAAAAAAGGUCUCACCAAAACAUUCCACACAUUACCUGAGCAUGCCAUCGUGUACUCGGCUCAGGGUGAGGAUGUGUGCUCAAUACUCUGGGAGAAAAAAUACUACUAAUUCCGAGAACGUCACUGCCCCUCCUUCAACUCAUUCCUAUUAGUGUUAUUAGACAAAACGAAGGCACUCCCAGGUAGCCAACGGGUCUGUGGACUCACGUGGAAGCAGAGGAGUCAGAGAAAUUGAAACAUGGCUAUAACUGCUGUGACCAAACUGAAUGGUGGUUUAGCGGCAUGGUGGUUUAGCGGCAUGGGAGAUUUCUCUAAACUCUAUAGGAAAAGAAAUCCCAGUUGCCCACCAGUACGGAGUCCCGAUUAAUUUUGUAGUCACGGAGAUACAGGAGAGGACCUAGAAGCCUAUAAGCUACUUACUUGCGCCCUCCAUUCCAAAAAACUGGCCUUAGUCAUUUACAUUUGUAUGGUACCGAGUGUGCAUAUCUGGAUAUAAUGUAAGCGAGCGUGUGCGUGCACGUUGUGAGUGUGAUUGUUGACGGGUGAUCUAACGGUAGUUCAUACACACUCUUGAGAUUGUCUUACUUGAUUUAUUUUUAUAUAGUCUAGAUACAAGAAAGCUAAUUGUUGAAAUGUACGAUUUGCUAGUCUGCUGUGUCACAUGUGAAGAGUAAUCCUGUGUAAAAUGCAAUGUCUUGGCACAGAGGCUGCAGCUCUAGCCAGUCAUCCAUAAUGAGGCGUGCUUUUUCUUUAACAGUAUUUUGUCAUCCCCCAUGUUAUCAUGCCAUGGUUAGAAUAGCCAAUACUUUAAAAUCUCAACCAGUAAAUAUUGUCUUUGCAUCUCGGUAUCAUCUUUUGAGGGAUGGCAGUAGACCAUGACUUUUUGAGAACAACUAAAGAGCCAGAAGUAAUAAUCUUGAUAGCUGCACAAUGCACACAUUUAUGAAUCAUGCAUGCACGCAAACGGUCAACGUACAAAAACAUGAGGCGCUUUUAUGAAAGAAAAAUAUGAAAGAUUCUAUAAUAUAAUUUCUUUAUGUUAACCAUGUAUGUUUACUGACACAAAGUUUAGAUUACAUGUUCAGCAUGCAUUGGCCUUCCAUUGACCAACACAAAAGCAUCCAAAGGGAUCACACUCAGAUAAUGGAAUAUACGUGUAUUUAUAGAAAGGUCGUUUUCCAUCUCGUCUUUCUUCCUUUUAUUAUCAAAAUAAACUUUAAUGACACAACAUAAGCGCCGCUAGGUUAACUCUACCAUAAAUCAGCUGCUAAAUGCCUGGCCUGACCCAUGCAUGAGCAUAAAGAUAGAUAGAAGUAUGAAAGACAAUUUUAUGGAUAUAUAGACACAUUUAGUUUCCAUGGAGACAGAAGCUGUUGUCAUAGCUGUCGUGAAAGGCUGGCAGCAGCUCAGAAACGUUUGUUAAUUGGGGCGGGAAGGACUUGAUUGCAUGUAACCUAUGUUCAACGCAUAUAGAACACACACAUAGGCAUGUACCCGUUAAGUGACAAUUUGCAGUCACAUGUUAGCAGCCACUCCUCACUGCGCAUAUUAAGUACUGUGUAAAAACAGCGUUAUGAUGUACGGACCUUGUACGUUUUUAUGUUUGUGUCUAAAAUCUAAUUUCAUAAAUACAACGAUUCCCCUGAAUGCAUUCUCUAUUAUCUGCUUAUAUUCAGAAAUAGCAAAAAAAAACAGUCUUACUAUUCCCGACAAUUACAGUUAUUACCUAACAAUACCAACCUUGAAAAUGUGAGCACAGCAGAACCUCGCUGACAAGUGAACUAAUUCUUGAAGAAAAUUGACCAAACUGUAAAAGCUUCCGGACACAAGCUGAGAUAUAUAAAUAAUAGAGUUCAUUGCAUUAAUAUAAAUGUUGAGUAAAAUGUUAGUCCGUAGUCGAAAGAAGAACAUCGUCAAAUGUACUUUAGUGUUGUUAAGACUAAGAGUGUCACCACAAACCCUAAUUUCAUUUCCUGUUUCAAUCACAUAGUUGAACCAUUUCAUAUUGCUCAUCCAUAGUGAGAGGAGCAGAGGUGUGGAAGGAAUAGCAAUGACUAUGCGAGGCCGGGUAAACCUGUGUGCUGGGAGUGAAGCCAGGGCAUUAGAGCCGUGCCGCUUAAUGGAAAAGAAUGAGCUGCACCUCGGGGGGAAACUUGCUUCUGUUCCCCUCGUAGUCUAACCGCAGUUCUGACUGACAUGCAACUGCAGCACAAGUUCCAUUCUAAACAUAGGAUAUAUUAAGAUUACUUUAUUUUUAAUGUGCAGGUUCACUUACUGCUAAAAAGAGGGGAGGCAAAUUUUAUGAAUCUUAACACACACCAUAUAAUUAAGCAUGGAUGGAUAUUUGAGCUGGUGAAAAAUGAUUAUUAUGAUGCUGCUUCAACACAAAGUUCUAUUUUAUUUAAGAGAAAUACCUAUUCAAAUAGCUAAUCGUUUUGCACAUUUGCUAAUAUUAAAUGCUGAGUUCACAAAAAGAGAAAAUGGCCACUGUCAAAGAGAUCCUAAACUUAGAUAUUGUGUGCAAAGAGGGGUUGCCAAAUGAUUGAUUUGAUUUUAUAAUUUAGAAAAUGUUCUAUGACAUAACAUUAGAGAGCAGUUUGACAUUUUUUAGAUGACUUCUGGUAAUAUUCAGAAUGUAUUAUUUGUUUGUCUCCCCAACAACUUGCUGUGCCUGGCUGCUCCUUUGUUUUUUAAAAACACACAUUGAUUAACCAUCCCCACAAUAAACAUCCUCAUAGCAAUUUACAAGGUGGAAUUGGCACAAGUUCAAUUGUACUAAGAAAAGAUGAUGCAUUUAAAUUUUGUCCGUCACAUUUCAUUUUCUUUUGGUUACAAAACUUAAGUCUCAUCUAGAGAAACAUUUAGUUCCUGAUUGGCUUUUCACUCCAUAUUUAUCCUCAUAUUAUGAAAGGGCAAGGCCAAUGUAUGUCCAUUGAGUCCAUUUCAUCAGUCCAAAAAAACUACAUGACAAAUUGAAUUUUCAUCACACAAUCCCUUAUACGGCAACAUUUGAGAUUCUGCAUUACACAAAAGGUUUAAAGAGUAGGCUGCUAUCAUUGUACUCAAGCAAAAGUACUGGUAUGAAUACAUUUUAACCAUGUUAAGGGUAGAAAGUAGAUUGCAUCAAAUGUGGAUGUACAUCAACAAGAAGACCCCUUCCAUCUGCAGACUGGGAAUACAACUGAUUCAAUUAACGUUAUAUAAAUGUAUAACUGCCUUCCAAUAUAAAUCAUUCCAAGAGUUAAGAAAGGAAGACAAAAAAAGAAUAGACAACAGCUACGGAAACGUAGCACAAUGUGGACACGUCAUUGUGAACGACGUGGACAGCAGAGUAGAGGCCGCACAGUUCCUACACACCUCAGAGCGCGCGUGCAACCUAGUUGCUAGGCAACGACGCGCGUCGCCGACGUUCCUUGCCCCGUAGAGUUCAGCCGCGUGUCGCCGGAGCUCGUCUGUCCCGGACGCAACUUGCAAAGCGCGGCCGCAAUCCGCCCCUGGCUCCGUGUCCUGGUUUGAGUUGUUGAGGACACCACGGAAAGUCCUUCGGUCCUGAGAUGCAGCCGGUGUGCUCGGGAGGCUGUUGAGACCCAGGUGCUGUUUCAGCGAGACACGUGACCUCUAAUUUGCUCGUGAUUGAAGUACUAGAAUUUAGGUGCCGUGGACGCAAACGCUUUACGAAAUCGUCAUUUCCGGGCAGCCGCGUUCUCACCUGCAGUUUCCGUGCCAGAAUGUGUCAGGACUUUAUCACGUGACCUUGGUUUUAACCUGUAGCGCCUUGAAAUAUAAGUAAAAUACUCGUGACAAAUAAUAGGCUAGGCGACAGAUUAAAUGACGGAUCACAAAAACACGACAUUGUUUCUGUAACGGAAGAAUUACAGCACGUUAUGUGUUUCAACGCCACGUUUAAUAUCAACACGCACGAAAUAUUCUCUAAUGAUGACAAUCAAUAUUCCAUGAACAGACAGAAAGUAUUAUUUUAGAUAACUGGAAUGUAUUACGGGCAAAUACUACCCAAAUACUCAGCCAUGAGCAUACACACAGAAAUCCCCAAACUAGUAUUGAUACUCCUUAUCUCUAGGGUUUCGCAGCAAAGGCAUCAAACCUGAUGUGAUUUCAUACGACUGUGAUACUGUGACAUGGUACCAUCAUAAUUCAAAAAGAAUAUAUAGAUCACAUCUCGCUACUUUCCAUUCCCAAGAGAGCAAAUGUAGUCUAAAGGAGCUUUUCAUUAUACUGAGUGAUUCAAAGGACUAAACCAUCAUGCUUUAUGAAGAAAACACAAUCAAGUGACUUGUUGUAUUUAUUGAUACAAAGAGCACAGAUUCUCAGACCUUUAAAUGACAAGGCUCCCUGUACUGUAAAUGCAUUUUUUUGUAAUUUAUAAUAGAAGUUGUUUGUCACGCUAGCUGCUGAAUUUAGCCAAUAUGAGGUUCAGGUAUUUUUUUUAUUUUCUGUUAGAACCCCAUAGACACCUUUUCAAGGAUGUGAUGCUUUCCAAACCAGGUGAGAACCACCGCUCUAGCAAGUAGAGCCCAAUGCCACAUACUCUGAAUCUAGCACUGUAUUACAGGGUUGGGGUCGAUUCAGAAUGCCUUGAUGGAGUAAAACACACAUUACACAAUAAAAUGAACCAGUGUUAGAGCAUGAGACCAACUAAAUGUAGUAUGAAUUAAAACACAAACUGUAGUUUCUUUUCUUUUUAAACUCUCAGUGAAAUUGACCCCAACCUUGCCUAAGCCAUCAGUCUUUAUAAAAGUACACUGUUUCCAGAUAAUUGAAAAAACUAUAUUUGAACAACCUUAGCCAGCUCUUAUACAAUGUUGUUUGUAGGUCCCGAGGCUGUCUGUUUUGUAAAAAUAACAAAACUAAUUUUUACCUGUUGACUUUCUAUGCUGUCGUUCCUGUGUAAAUGUUCUAUUGUUCCGUGCAUGUUGUAACUCUGGCGUUGUAACUGGUUGUGAUUCACACAGAGCCAGUACCUGUCACGUAAAAAAAAAAUGUCUCAAUGUCCGCAGAUAUUCCUAUUUCAUAAAGACAAGCAAAAUCUCCCUUGAAUGACUAAAAUGAAAUAAAUCAAAUCACUUUACAUUU